GCCCCGGAAGCUUAUGUGAAAUGGACUCAGCUGCUCUACCGUAAUGUCACAAGCGAGGUCCGAUGUUCAGCGGGAAUAUCACCAGCCUUCCCAAUUACCGUUGGUGUCCACCAAGGCUCGGCCCUCUCGCCCCUGCUGUUCACUCUCUGUAUGGACACCGCGACGGCUGAUCUGCAAUCACCACAUCCAUGGAGCCUCCUGUAUGCAGAUGAUGUGUGCCUAUCAGAAACAGAAAACUGCCUAGCCCUGCAAAUCCAAACACAAGCAUGGAAAGACCGGCUCUCCGAAAACGGCAUGCGCCUGAACAUCAAGAAGACAGAGUACCUUGAAUGCGGCCCCCAGACCAACAGUACCAUCACUAUCGACGGCGAGCCGCUGACUAAAGUUGCCCAAUUCAAGUACCUCGGGUCCCUCGUCACCUCAGACUGCGAAACCCUGCCAGACGCCAGACUCCGUGUCAACACAGCGUGGAUGAAGUGGCGUCAGGUGAGUGGAGUCUUAUGCGACAAGAGAAUGCCAAUCUAUCUUAAGGCGAAAGUCUAUAAGUCGAUUGUGCGCCCAGUGGCACUCUACGGGUCAGAGUGCUGGCCAGCGAUGACCAAACAUGAACAAGCUCUUCACACCAUGGAGAUGAAGAUGCUGAGGUGGCCUCUGGGUCUCACACGACUUGACCGAGUGAGGAACGAAGAGGUCAGGAAACAAUGGGGAGUGACACCGAUCACAGACAAGAUGCGAGAAGCGAGGCUCCGAUGGUAUGGCCAUGUUGUCCGUAGCGAUAAAAAUUCUAUCGCAAAGACAGCCCACCAAUUAGAUCUGGAGGGAAACAGGCCACAAGGAAGACCAAAAAAGCGCUGGAUGGACCGAAUCAAGGAUGAUAUGAAGGCUGUGAAUGUUACACCAGAAGACGCCCUUGAUAGGAAGAAGUGGAGGAAGGCAUGCAAGAUAGCGGACCCUGCGUCGCGGGAUAUAAACCGCUAG